AUGGCCUAUACGGAUGAUGCAGUGCUCUCGAAGCUGUCGGCGCUGAACGAAAGCCAUGAGAGUAUUGCCACCACUGCGCAAUGGAUUAUGUUCCACCGGCGGCAUGCAUCCCAGACAGUCCACCUGUGGCUGACCAAAUUGAAGGAUCUCCCCAGCUCUAAGCGGCUGAACAUGAUCUACCUUGCCAAUGAAGUCACGCAACAGUCCAAGGCCCGGCACAAGGAAGAUUUCUUGAAUGCAUUUUCGCCCUUCAUUGCGGAUGCCACGGCGGUGGCAUACAAAGGUGCUCCAGUCGAUGUCCAAGCAAAGUUGCGAAGGGUCGUCGAUGUAUGGAAGGAGAGGAGCAUCUUUGGGAAGGAAGUACUUCAGGAUCUAGAUGCGAGGUUGGCAGAAAUCGACAAGACCCGUCCUGCAGCGAAUGUCGGCGGGUUUGGCGGUCACGCGUUCAGCGCCUCGGGACCACCGAUCCCUCCGGAACUCAUUCCCUUGGUUGCGCCACAGCAGGCCGUUUCUAAGGCGCUCCAACCGUUGAAGAACUCGCUCAACGCAGCCAAUGUCGACUACGAGAAGCUCGCUGAUCCGGCGACAACCAGUGCGGCCCUCCCUGUUCAGGCAGCACGGCUCAGUGGGCUCCUCAAAACCUUGGCGAAUGCCGAAGGGGCUGUCACGCAGUGCAUCCGAGCACGCAAGGAUCUGAUCAAGGGAUUGGAGAAGAUCCUUGCGACCAAUCGCGAAGCCCUUGAUGUCGACGAGAAGCGAAUGAUGGAAUUGAGCGGCCGUCGAACCGAGAUCGAGCAGAAGAGGCAGGCAGUCGAGAUGGCCAUCAUUGGUGGUCUCUCUGCGGCAGGCGAGGAGCAGCCGCUUCCUGGUCGUGUCUCCAUGAGCCCUGUUCCUGAGCCUGACCGCCCACAAAUCGAAGCUCUCACGCCGCCUCAUGUCCAGGACCACAUCCAGGACUCUUACGACCAUUCAUCGAGUGGCCUGCAGGCUCAGAACGGCCAAGUGCAAUCUGUCCCAUUUCACGGCGCACCGGCAGCUGCGAAUGCCCAGCCUGCAUUUCCCACUGCCGCCCCGGAUCUGGAGAUGCUCUCAAACCUUGCUUCGCAAUAUCAGGCCGUGCCGCUGAACGGGAACAAGAAGCGCAAGAUUGAGACCUCGGACGAGUUUCCUGACCUGGGUGGCGAUGAUGGAAUUGAUGCCGACGUCAAGGAGAUGCUGAGGAAGGACAGUCAGGGGUAG